UUUCAUCAUGGCCGCCUACACAGGACCGUGCGGUUCACGAUGGGCCACGAUCGAUUACGAAGUGAAGCCCAUUCAUGAUUGAUUGACAGGGCUGAGACGCUCCCUUAUUGUACCUGCGACGUGAUUCACUCUCAUUAGAGGGGAGAUGGCCGAUCCCCCUGUAAAAAAGGCGCUUGUGUAUCCGGGAAAGAAGGAGGUGGAAUUCAAAAAUGAAGCCAAGGCCAUUUUCCACUUCACAACAUUCAAAUGCGAUCAGAAGACAGGUGAGUACGUUGAGGUGGAUAACAGCAGGAAGUUCACAAAACCCAUGGAACUCAUCAUUGGGAGGAGUUUCAAGCUGGAAGUGUGGGAGACCUGCAUCAAAACUAUGAACCUCGAAGAAGUUUCAGACUUCUUCGUUGAGAAACAUCUGGUGACCUGCUAUCCAUUAGUGGCCAAGACAUUGAGAGAUGCCUUUUUGCCAGGUGAGAAGAAGAAGAGCCACCAGCACGAAGGGCACAAGGGCCAUAGAUGUGGAGCCGCAAUGAUGCAUGAGAAGACCGGUUACAAGGACCUCGAUGCCCUUAUGGAUGAUCCCACUGACCUCAAGUUCAGAAUUGAGCUGUUGAAGGUGGAGCAGCCAGGAGAGUUUGAGAAAGAGUCAUGGAUCAUGAAAGAUGAGGAAAAAUUGGAGUCAGUGGGAAAGCUGAAGGAGAAGGGGAAUUCUUCAUACAAAGAGGGGGACCAUGAUGCUGCAGCCAAGAUUUAUGCUGAGGCCAUUGGCCGGCUUGAACAAUUGCUCCUCAGGGAGAAGCCUGGGACUGUUGAGUCAAACCACUUAGAAGACCUCAAGAUUCCAUUACUUCUCAAUUAUUCCCAGUGUAAGCUUCUGUCUGGGGAGCAUUAUGAGGUGAUCGAACACACAACUCAAGUCCUCAAACGGGAGCCAGAGAACGUGAAAGCCCUAUUUCGAAGAGGAAAGGCCCAUGCAGCUGUGUGGAAUCCUAAAGAGGCAGAGGAUGAUUUUGAGAAGGCGGCAUCUUUAGAUCCAUCCCUACGCGAGGUUGUAAGGAAAGAACUGGAUCUUCUCCGUCAGAGGAGUAGAGAGAGAGAUGCUCUGGAUAAGGACAAAUUCAAAAUGCUUUUUUAACCCUCAGCUCAUCAGAAAUGAGGAAGACAACACAUACCAUUUAGUCAGUUUGUAACUGUCUGUGAUAUAACAAAUUUGUCAUGAUGUCUUCAUUACUCAGUCUUCACUUUAGUGAUUUCAGAUCUUAGAGGCAAAAUAUCCAGUUGUGCGAUUCACAUGCCAAGUGAGAAUCACAAAAAACAAAGUUAUGGAAGAAGUUUCACUUUGUGGGGGAGCAAUGGUUAUGGUCUAGACAUUUUGUAAUGGCCAAACAUUGUAGAUCAUCAGCUGUGGAGUUUUUUGCAUGUAAGGCUUGUAAACAUGUCACAACCAUCAUCAUAUAAUUUCAUGGAAUAUUGAGGAUGUAUUGGCUUUUUUGAUUGGUCAUGUGACCUUUCUGUCUCUAAAUGUAUAUCAAAUCUUUAUAA